AGGCGCUUAGCGGAUGUUUCCUCUCCGGUUCUCUCCCCUCUCUCCCUGGUUUUUCUCCCCGCAGAUCUGCCUCUAAUCCCGGGCAGCUCUCCCGCCGCACCCCGGAGCCUCCACCGGAGAACCGUCCGAUCCGUCCGCCGCCCGCAGCUUCUGGAGCUCCCCCCGCAAAGAAGUCCCUCGGAUGUGUGAUCUGAGGCCUGCAGGAGGAGGCCCCGACGCCCCCUGGUUCUGACCCAGAAAACAGCCUCUCCUCCGGCCUGCCUGCAGACUGAAGGCCGGUCCGAGGCUCCGGAGCUCCUGAUGAUGGCCUCCCUGAUCAAAGAGAUCGUGAGCCGGAAUAAAAGGAGGUACCAGGAGGACGGCUUCGACCUGGACCUCACCUAUAUCUACCCCAACAUCAUCGCCAUGGGCUUCCCAGCGGACCGUCUGGAGGGCGUCUACAGGAACAACAUUGACGACGUCGUACGGUUCCUGGAUCUGAAGCACAAGAAUCACUACAAGAUCUACAACCUGUGUGCAGAGCGACAUUACGACACGUCUAAGUUCAGCUGUCAAGUGGCCCAGUACCCGUUCGAGGACCACAACCCCCCCCAGCUGGAGCUGAUCAAGCCGUUCUGCGAGGACCUGGACCAGUGGCUGAGCGAGGACGAGCAGCACGUCGCCGCUAUCCACUGCAAGGCAGGGAAAGGUCGCACCGGAGUAAUGAUCUGCGCCUACCUGCUGCACCGCGGGAAGUUCAGGGAGGCGCAGGAGGCGCUCGACUUCUACGGGGAGGUCCGCACCCGAGACAAGAAGGGCGUGACGAUCCCCAGCCAGCGGCGCUACGUGAUAUACUACAGCUUCCUGCUGAGGAACCAGCUGCUCUACAGACCCGUCGCCCUGCUCUUCCACAAGAUGCUGUUUGAGACCAUCCCCAUGUUCACCGGAGGAACCUGCAAUCCUCAGUUCGUGGUGUAUCAGCUGAAGGUGAAGAUCCACACCUCCAACCCCUCAAACACCCGGCGGGAGGACAAGCUCAUGCUGUUCGAGUUCCCACAGCCACUUCCUGUCUGCGGAGACAUCAAGGUGGAGUUCUUCCACAAGCAAAACAAGAUGAUGAAGAAGGAAAAGAUGUUCCACUUCUGGGUGAACACCUUCUUCAUCCCAGGCCCGGAGGAGAACCCGGAGAAACUGGAGAACGGCAGUACCGGGCCCGAUCGGACGCAGGGGCUGAUGAUGAUGACGGCCACGAUGAUGAUGACGGGCGGAGAUGACAGAGACUUCCUGGUUCUCACACUGACCAAGAACGACCUGGACAAGGCCAACAAAGACAAGGCCAACCGGAACUUCUCCCCCAACUUCAAGGUGAAGCUGUACUUCACGAAGACGGUGGAGGAGGGGGCGAACUCGGACGCCAGCAGCACGUCAGCCUCGGUGACGCCGGACGUCAGCGACAAUGAGCCGGAUCACUACCGCUACUCCGACACCACAGACUCGGACCCGGAGAACGAGCCCUUCGAAGAUGACCAUCACGAUCAGAUCACUAAAGUCUGACACACACACACACACACACACACACACACACACACACACACACACACACACACACACACACACACACACACACACACACACACACACACACAGAUAUAUAUGUAUAUAUAUAUAUAUUCAGUAUGUUUACACUCUCAUGAACCCCAAACUCAGACGUGUUGUUAGCUAUCGGGGAAUAUAACCGACGGACUGCGUCUGAUCUGCAGGACUCUCAGAGCUCAGAUUAUAAGACCCCCGCCUCCCCACCCCGCUCAGUGCACAGCUGGACAAUCACAUGACAUGGCGGUCGGAGGAGGUGGGGCUAAGCGAACGGACAGAUGAAUGGACAGGAGGUUUUAAAGAAUAAAGGAGUAAAACUUGAAUAUAAACAAACAUAGAGACAAGUAGACUUCUUUAGUGACCACAUGUUUGUUGGAUAACCCCCCACCGUGUCCUUCCUUCCUGUCCAGACGUAGGAACCUUUAUGCAGACCAAUCUUCUUCUCUUUGUUUCCAUCUUCUACAUUUCGUUGAGUUGUUUCUGAACGUUGACUCUUCUCUCUGGGUGAACGUUGAAGUUUUAACAACCAAACCAUUUUAAUUGGGCAUAAUUUGACCCCAGUUAUUGACGAUUUAUUAAGCUGUAAAUCAGCAGGUAGUCUUUAUUAAUAGGACUGCUCCUAUCAUUUUCAUUAUCCAUUAAUCUGCAGAUUAUUUCCUAGUUUAUUGCUUUGUAAUUCCAGUUCAAAUGUCCAAAGAUAUUCACACAACAGAAAAGAUAUAUAAGAUAUUCACACAACAGAAAAGCAGCACACCUGUAGAUUAGAGAGGCUGGAAACAGACUUUAAAGACAUUAAUAUCGGAUCAAACAGACAGACAUUCAUUUCCUGCUGACUAAUUGCCAGCCAGCAAAACAUCUGCACGUUUUUAGAAUAAAAUCAGGCCAUCAUUUUGCUUUAAUCAGCAGAUUUUCUAUCAUUGAAACUGAAUUUGGGCUGUCUAAUAAAUGAAAUGAUAUCAGAACCUUAAUUUAAGCAGAACUGAACGCAGAUGGGCCAAAUGUAGGACACGUUAUUAUCCUCAAACAUCGUAAAGAGGAUUAAACUGAAACUGAACUUUUCGGUUCUUUUAUCCAAAAUAUUUAGAUUUUUUUACAAUUUUAUUUAUGUUCUUAGAAACAAAGAACUCAAUCCUCCGAACACAGUUUUCCGGUUCUGACAUCCUGUUUUUUGGUCCGAUCUCCACCAGUUUUCUUCUGUUCUGGACCGGCUUUGUGACACAGCCACUCAGAGAGGAGAGUCAGCUGUAAGGAAACUUCACAAUCUGCUGCACCUCCUUCUGACAGUUCAGCCCUGCUGUGAACAAGCUCUCUGUCCGUCUGUUCUGCACAGCGUUUCUCUUCAAUCCUGCAGUUCAAAUGUGUUUUUGUUAUACUCUGACUACAUCAAACUUAAGCUAAGACUCUCACACACUUUCUCUCUCUCUCUCACACUCACACCCUCUCUCUCUCUCUCUCUCUCACUCACACUCUCUCUCUCUCUCUCUCACACUCACUCACUCACUC